AUGGAGAACACUACGGAGAAACCAAGCGGCAACAAGGCCACCAUCGUCAAGAACACGGCUCAGCUCUCCAAGAUCCCACGUCAAAUCAUCACUCAGCAAGCGUCGUCAGCCAAGAAGGAGCAAGAGGAGGAACUACAACAGGCUAAUGCGGAGAAUACUGCGGAGAACACUGCGGAGAAACCAAGCGGCAAUAAGGCCACCAUCGUCAAGAACACGGCUCAGCUCUCCAAGAUCCCACGUCAAAUCAUCACUCAGCAAGCGGAGAACACCACUGCAACUUGGCCUAUCAUCCCCACUGCAUUAAUAUGGUACAUCACUACAAUAACGUCACAAGAGGAGGAUCUACUGCGACGAUCACAGUCAAUUAGGCCUCUGCAGGAGGGACAUCGGACGAUACAUAUUUGGACGAAUUGA